AGCGCUGACAGCAGGCUGGCCGGAGACCGUCAGCAGCCGCUGUUGUUGCCACUUCCACUCCACGUUGUGAGACCGGAUACAAACUGACACAAGUACGGUAAUUCAUUUCUGUAACGGACAACAAAAAGUGUUUUCUGAAAGCUUUUGGACACACUGAGCGCCGAGCCUACUCCUCCUCCUCCUCCUCAUAUUCCCGGUGCUGAGCGGACUGUCAGUGAAGUGGGACUCUGACCGAGAGGCCGAAGCUGAGAGAUUUUUGACCGCAUGAAGAGGCCAAGUGACGGGACACCGGUCCUCACCUAGACCUCUCCCACGAACCAAUCCCCCCCCCUCCCCUGCCCCUGCAUGGACAUGAGGUCUUUCAGAUCGUUUGCUAACGACGACCGCCAUGUCAUGGCCAAGCACUCCAGCAUAUACCCGGUACCAGAGGAGCUGGAGGCCGUCCAGACGCUGGUGUCCACUGUGGAGGGAGCACUAAAGAAAGUAUCUGAUUGGAUGGAUGGACUAAAUAAAUCCUCAGGGAAGACCUCCAGCAAUAAUGAGGCUGGGGACAUUCAAGUGGAGGCAGAUGCUGCUGAGACAAAGCCCGACCACACGCCAGCGCUUUGCGGGGUGACGCGUGUCGGUCUGGUGGCCAAAGGCCUGCUGAUCAAAGGGGACAUGGACCUGGAACUGGUGCUGAUGUGCAGGGAGAAACCCACCAAAGUGCUGCUAUACACCAUCAGCGCCAACCUCCCCCUGCAGAUCCAGACAAUGACGGAGGACACAUUUGAGGUGCAGUCGUGCGUCCCCGAAGCAGCCAUCCGGGUCCGCAACACCAAAGACCCUCGACUCACGCUGAAGAUCACCCUCUCCUCCUUAACCAUGAGGGAGGAACACAGCCCCACAGAAGAAGAGAAAGGCCAUCAGGACGACAGGGAGCAGGAGGACAAGAAACAGAAGGAGGAUGAGGAAGAGGAGGAAGAGAUCCUGGACAGGCAGAAGUGCCGGGCUGCGCUGGCUUCACUCCGACACACCAAGUGGUUCCAGGCCAGAGUCACAGAUCUCAAGUCUGGCGUCAUCGUCUUGAGGAUUUUCAGAGACAUGAGCAACAGACUGGCUGGGUGGCAGCCUCUCAAAGGAUGGCCUCUGGAGCUGAUCUGUGAAAAGGCCAUGGCAACGUGUAACCGGCCCCUGGGUCCAGGGGAAGGCCUGCGCCGCGUCAUGGAGUGCAUCGCCUCAGGGAUCCUUCUUCCAGAAGGCCCCGGAGUCCACGACCCCUGUGAGAGGGACCCCACAGACGUUCUGACUGACGUCAGCGCGCAGCAGGCAGAUGCCAUCACUCACAGCGCACAGCAUGCGUUACGCCUCCUAGCUUUCGGACAGCUUUACAAGGUCUUGAAUAUGGAUCCUCUCCCCGCCAGCAAGCCCUCACCAAGGCUGUUAGAAGGUGAUCAGCGCUCCACAGGCAGCUGUCAGAAGAGGCACCGGGAGGAUGUCGGGUCAGAUGACAGAGACUUCAUCAAAAGGAUGAAAGUCCUGGACUGGAGGAUGACGGAUCCUAACCACCCCAUGAACGCUCUCAUGCGUCUCAACCAGAUCCACCCGGGCCUGCAGUACCGCCUGCUCUCUCAGUCCGGCCCAGUGCACGCCCCGGUCUUCACCAUGUCUGUGGACAUCCAGGGGACCACCUACCAGGCCUCCGGCAACUCCAAGAGGACGGCCAAGCUCCAAGUGGCCCUCAAGGCGCUGCAGGCUCUGGGCUUUGUGCUCGGCGGCGACGGAGAUGUGGACUCGCUGAGCGCCGACGAGAAGUCAGAUGGCGAAGGCAAGAUCGACAGGAUGUCCACCACCUCCAGCUCCACCUCCAUCACCUCCAUCACCUCCUCCACAGACACACAGGAGUCCAGAGCUCCAGGUCCCAUCCUGACGGCGGGGGGGAAAAACCCCGUGAUGGAGCUGAACGAGAAACGGCGAGGGUUAAAAUACGAGCUGAUAUCAGAGAGUGGCAGCAGCUACGACAAACGCUUCAUUAUAGAGGUGGAGGUGGACAAGCAGGUGUUUCGGGGAACGGGUCCAAAUAAGAAAGUAGCCAAAGCCAGCGCAGCGCUCGCCGCCCUGAACAGCCUGUUCUCCGGCUCCAAAUCUACAAGCAUCAAGAAGAAAAGACCCAACCCUCCUCCAAAGAGACCCGUAACCUCGAUGCUGACGCUCCCGGCCCUCGCUGCCAGACCUCCAAUUGUCCCUGUCCUCCCCAGAGCCCCCUACAUCAGCACACAACACACACAUGGAUACAUCCCCCCAGGUUUUGGGGCUCCUUAUGGUUACAGCCCUGCAGGUGCCCUCCCUCACUACGGCGGCCUGUACAUCGACAGUGCCUAUUACCAGCCGCAGACCAUCGCCACACCUAUCAUCAUCCACCUGGGCCCUCAGGAUCUUUUCUGACCCGACCCACGCACCGAGGCCAGACUCUGCAUCGUCCUCGGCCCCCCGUUUAACCCCUUGCCCUUUUUAAACUCUGCCAGCGCCUCUCAAUUACUGCAGCGCCGCGCCCUCGGGACUCUCCUUCCACACGAGACGCGGCAGCAAUAUUGAAAGCAAUAUGGAGGAGACAACACUGCGGGCAACACUCUGUCAAGUCAAGGUCGGGUUUUUGUGAAGAGGCGAGACUUUGUUCGCCAGCUCUCUCAGAAAAUGUCAAUAAAACACAAAGCAAUAAUUCUCCUGCCUUUGGGUAUCUCAACAUGUUCAAAAGCAACUUCAGCAGAAUUCAAACAGACCAUCAACACCGGCACAUACACCACAAUGUGACCUGUCUGUCAAUAUAUUUACUAUCUGUAUAUAUGAAUGUUUGUGAGUUUUGAAUAUAUAUAUAUAUAUAUAAACAUGUUAAUAUGUUUGAAUAUGUAAAACUCGCUGACAGGUAAAGAAACGUAUUCAUAAUAUAUCUCUGAAUGUAAAUACUAGUAGCUUUGUAUUUAAAGCACUCAGCAAUGCUAUCUAUGAAUAUUAAGAUUUAAAUUAAUUUUACAAACUCUAUUACACUAUUGGUAUGCUGGUAUAUAUUCCCUAUUUAAACAUGAUAACAUAUAGUAUACAAAGUAUUGAUUUUCCCUGAGAUAAAUGUAACAUACUAUUUGACAUAAGGUUUUAAUUAUUUAUUUUCCCAAAAAUAAUCUCUUAAAUUGAAUCUUUGUCACCAGUCGUAAAGUCCACUUCUGUCACACGUCUGUUGGGUUUAAAUCAAUGGUUACCAACCCGAGGGCACGGGCCCCCUCAAAAGCACACAGGACAAAUAUUAGAGGUCGCAAAAUGAUUAAUGGAAGAGGAAAACAAAUAUUUCUACUACAUAACGUUGUUAGUAACAGACCUUUCUUGGUUUUAAAGCUUGGUUUUAAAGCUCUCAGACAGAAUCAUAACUAUAACAACCAACACCCAGGGCCGCCCCUGGCUAAUUUGUGGCCCCACGCAAAGUUAUGUGAUGAGGCCUUCUGUGUCGCGAGCGUCGACGGGGGGGGGGGGCCUGCCCCACGCAGUCUGUGUGAUCUGCGUGUAAGGAGGGGCGGGCCUGCCAACACCUACAGUAUUUUACAACUGAAUGAGCAGGAGUGCCGCUUUGGAAUUUGUUAAUCAGAGCAUUAUUAAACUUUGAUAACUUUUUGCUAUGUAAAGAUGGAGAGUUAUAUCUAUCUGAGCAAUCUUUUACUUUACGCUGGUUAGCUUUUUGCUUAAUUUGUUAGCAUUAAAGAACUACAUCUCCCAUGAUGCUUGAGGGCAGAUAUUGUUGCAGUUGAAUGGUGAGAAAAUAGUGUGCAGUGAUGAUGUAUUUUUGUAGGCCGACCUGCAAGUUAGCAUCGCGAGGGCCCCCUCGACAAAAACCAAUGGGAUUUUUACAUUGGAUUUCGGUAUAUCGAUGAAAAAAAAGCUCUGUGGCAAACAUAAAUGUAUGAUACUCAUCACGCGUUGUUUGGCAGGAUAAUCUACACAUAUGUAGACACACACAUAUAUACCACCUAAUGAUUUUUUUGAACGGUAAAUGCAAUCGCUAGAAGUCAAAAGCUAACGCUUUAACAAACAACAUCACAGUCGAACCGAACCUGAAAAUCUCUUUAGCUUGUGUUAACCACAGACCUCAUUUCAGGCAUCUACCGAAAAAGCACCUUUUUAAAAAAAAACAUUGACUUCAAGAUGAGAGAACUGUAAAUGGUAAAAGGCUGGUUCAUUUCAGGGUUGUCUUCUUGGACUGGUUCCGACACAACUCUAUAGCAUUGCUACCCUAGUUGACUAUAGCUCAGAUGUCAACAAGUGUUGCUAAGAGUUACCUGAUGCUAAGUGCAUACAAACCCUGACAUUUUGCUAAAUAGUUUAGAAGAUACACUUCCCGUUUGGGAAUAUGUGACCCUUCUUCAAGAGAAUGUUUCCAAAUGACUCUAAAGCAGGCUACAACAGUGCUAACCAUUAGCACCUCACUGUCCACCAAACCUCUUAAAACUGAGGAAUAAUAUUUGAUUUAAAAGUCUGAUGAAAUGACCUGCUAAUAUUUUGUUUUUGCAUUAUUCCUCACUGCAGCCUGACUGAAAGCACAAGUGUUUAAAGCAAUACUUCACUCAGGAACCUUCAAACUAAAUCUGAUCAUGUGAAACAAACAAACAACAGAGAGUACGGCAAACUCCUCGGUACUGUAGACGAGACAAUGCUCAAACAGAAUGUAAAUGCUGUUGUAAAUGUAAAUUGUCCAAACCAGAUAAUAAUCACAUUUUAUGUCACAGUUAUAAAAAUGUUUAGGGAGAAUAACCAAAUCCAGUGAAUCCAGUGCAGAUUCCCGAUGAAUUGACACAUCCUUUGUAAAAAUGUUGGUUCUUGUCUAACACUAGUUUUGUCGUGUCUGAACUUCCAUACUCUGCACAGCUCCAGCAGUCUUCUCUGGGAUUAUGUGUGAUAUCAAAGAGGCUUUUCUGAUUUGUAACAGUCGUGCGAAACCUGGAAAUUAAAAAGAAUGUGUAACAAGAAAAGACGAGGCAUGAAAGAA